UGUUUAAAAUUAGUUUCGUUUAGUUAAAAAAUCAUAAUAAGAAAAUCUGCUUUUUAAAUACUAAUUAAGAAAUCAGCUUACAACUAGUAUCUUAAAAUAAUAAUUAUGAGAAAUGCUCUAAAAAAUCGUGCUCUUUUCCGUAUUCUGUACAAAAUUUUAGUACGAUUCUUGGUUUUAAAAAAAAAAAAAUCGGCGUUUUGCUUUCUUAAACGCCAAUACUGGCCACUUUCUCUCCCUUUGUUGCUACCUCAUCCCCGUACUGACUUAAAGAGUAACCCAGUUUCCAUGUAAUCCGGUCUACCUACCUUUCUCUCCAGUGCCAACUUAAGGUGGAAUGGACUAUAGUGACUGUUUAAGUUUGUUUUUACCUGGUAUUUAUUUUUAUUUAUAGAAAAUGGAUUUCCCUUCUGCAAAAAACGAAUUUUUCAGUUUAAUUAACUCUUUAAAUAACGAUGAUCGUUCAGAAUUUCUCUCAUGGUGUAAAGAUUGGUGUUCCUCUGAUUCUGAAUACAGCAAAAAGUACUUCGAUCUGCGAACAAUUGCUGAAGAUAUCAAGACUUUAGUACCAACUGAAGCUAUAUUUCCUUCUGAGCUGAUAAAUCAUAAUAACUUGCUGACUGAAUCUGCUCCUAGAACCACUCCUAUACUACAUGUUGAUAGUUUUCUCUUUGAAGAUGAACAUAUUGAUUCAUUAGUUGAAGAAGGAAAACUGAGUCGGAAUUACUGCAAAGAUUGUGGAUCAUCAAAUGUUUCCCCUAUAACAUUUAUCUCACAUUCAGCAUCAGUGCAAAGAAUAGAAUUUAUUUUUCAAUACAUGCUCCCUGAUAUAAGCAAUAAAGUUCUGCUUGAUGUUGGAUCUAGAUUAGGAGCUAUACUAUAUGGGGCCUAUUACUGUAGCAAUGCUAGAAAAAUAAUUGGUGUUGAAAUAAACCAAGAUUUUUGUAAAUUGCAGCAACACAUCAUUGAAAAAUAUCAUUUGAAUGACAAAAUAGAGAUAAUUUGGGAUAAUGUGUGCAACAUUCCACAUGUCGUGCAACAAGCGGAUGUUAUUAUAUUCAACAAUGUUUUUGAAUGUUUCAUGUCAAAAACUGAUCAAGAAGAAACUUGGAAAUGGCUACGAAAAACUGUCACCAAAUCUGGCACUAUGUUAGUUUCAUCUCCAAGUAUAGAAGAAACACUAAGUUCUCUACAGACUGGCAUAGAUAUUUCAUCAUGGUUGAAAAGAAUUCCCAUCACAGAUCCUGAAGCUGUUUUGAAAAUGGAUGAUCAAGAUUUGCUCUCAGAAAUAACCUCAUAUGUAGUUAUUUAAAAUCUGAGCUUUUAUUCUUUGUAAAUAUUGUGAUGCUGAAGUCUGAUUGUGGAGCUUAUUUGAAAGAAAUGUCAAGUGAGAUUUGAAUUAUAUGUUAUAACAAUAAUUUUAAAGACAAAAUUAGAUCAGCAUUGCAUGUGAAUUGGAAAUUUAUCAUGUGAAAAUAAAAAUUAAUAUAAAUUUUA